GUUGUUUCGGUUUUCGACAACAGUGUGACCCCGAUGAGGGGCUAUGUGAAUAUUUCUUCUGCAAAACAAUCGCAAUUUGUUAAAUUAUGGAAGGUAAUGGAGAAGUUCAAUGGUGUUUCUCUCAAGUUAAGGGGACCUUAGAUGACGACGUAACUGAAGCAGAUAUAAUAUCAUGUGUGGAGUUCAACCACGAUGGCGAACUCCUUGCCACUGGAGACAAAGGAGGCAGAGUAGUUAUUUUCCAACGUGAUCCCGUCUCAAAAACUGUUCUUCCAAAACGUGGAGAAUAUAAUGUUUACUCCACAUUUCAAUCACAUGAGCCAGAGUUUGAUUAUUUAAAAAGUUUAGAAAUAGAAGAAAAAAUCAAUAAAAUCAGGUGGUUAAGGCGUAAGAACCCAUCUCACUUCUUAUUGUCCACUAAUGAUAAAACUAUAAAAUUGUGGAAGGUUUCAGAAAGAGACAAAAGAGUAGAAGGGUACAACACCAAAUCAGAAAACGGUAGCCUUGUUGAUCCUACUAGCGUUAGUUCUUUAAGAGUUCCAGUAAUAAAACCGAUGGAGUUAAUGGUUGAAGCGUCACCACGACGCAUAUUUGCAAACGCACACACCUACCACAUAAAUUCAAUUUCUGUUAACUCGGAUCAGGAGACAUACCUAUCAGCAGACGACCUGAGGAUAAAUCUGUGGCAUCUGGAAAUAACCGAUCAAAGUUUUAACAUCGUCGAUAUUAAACCAACAAAUAUGGAAGAACUUACCGAGGUCAUAACAGCGGCAGAGUUUCAUCCUACAGAAUGUAAUUUGUUCGUUUAUAGUAGCAGUAAAGGAACAAUUAGGUUAUGUGAUAUGAGAGCUGCUGCUCUCUGUGAUAGACAUUCAAAGUUAUUCGAAGAACCGGAAGAUCCGACUAAUAGGAGUUUCUUUUCAGAAAUUAUUUCUAGUAUCUCGGAUGUGAAGUUGUCAAAUAACGGGAGAUAUAUGAUUUCUAGGGACUAUCUUUCUGUUAAAGUGUGGGAUCUGCAUAUGGAGACCAGACCUAUUGAGACUUAUCCAGUACAUGAAUAUUUGCGAGCCAAACUGUGUUCUUUGUAUGAGAACGAUUGCAUUUUCGAUAAAUUCGAGUGUUGUUGGAAUGGCAACGACUCAGCCAUAAUGACAGGAUCAUACAACAACUUCUUCCGGAUGUUCGACAGAUCGACAAAACGCGAGUUGACCUUGGAAGCAUCUCGUGACGUUGCCAAGCCACGCACCGUCUUGAAACUUAGGAAGGUCUGUUCGCAGGGCAAGAGGAAAAAGGACGAGAUUAGCGUGGACUGCUUAGAUUUUAACAAAAAAAUAUUGCACACGGCAUGGCAUCCCGCUGAAAACAUUAUAGCUGUGGCAGCGACUAAUAACUUAUUUUUAUUCCAGGAUAAGUACUAGGAUAAUUUUUAAUAAAGUUAAUGAAAAUAUGUUUUUCAUCACGGUUUUUACAGUAAUUUUUUCGCUGGUAUGAGCGGUGCCUGUUUUGCAAACAAAACUGGUUGAAUGUUCGAGAUCCGGGAUUGUUUAUUAUGUAAAUUCAGAUAUUGAAAAUGAUAAUUUUUGUAACGCCAUUUAACAUUUUUAAUAGUGAUUUUCAAAUAAUUUUUAAAUCAAAUCAUGUCUUAAGCCAUUUA